UCUAAUCAGAUAUGUCAUUUCUGCAGUACUUUAAAGAAUACUGCAUAAUAUUUAUAGAAAAUAAUUGUAUGCAAUUUUAAUUAUACCAAUUUAUACUCAAGAAAAUGGUUUAAAGUUAGGGAUCGGCUUCAGCAGAUAAUCUACGUGAACGAAUUGACGAAUUGCGAUAUUUGGUAAAAAGUAUGGAGUCGUUAUCAAAGAAUGAAUUGAUUUCCACAAUAACUAAACAGGCUGAUCAAAUAAAACGAUAUGAAGCCCGCCUUAGAGAUGUCGUUGCUGCAUAUAAAGGUCUUGUAAAGGAGAAAGAGGCGUUAGAAGUAAGCUUAAAGGCUUUAAAUAAAUCUGAUAAUAAUGAUGUUUCAACGAAUGAGUCAGUGGCCGCACUUACAUUGUCAUUAUCAACGCUUACUACAGAGAAAUCACGUAUGGAAGAGGCUUUUCAGUCUGAUAAGAAAGUUACUCGGGAAAAGUAUGAGAACAUAAUAGCAUCUAUGCGAGAAGAGACGAAAACAUUAGUACAGCAACACCUAACUGAAGUUAGUAAUUUAAAAGCAAAAAUUGCAUAUGAAAUUCAAGAACGGGAGAAAGAGAGGACAGACCAUUUGGCAAUGUUGAAAGAACUUCAUGUAAAAUUUAAUGAAGAAAGGAAAUAUAAGGAAAAACUAGAAGACAAAGUAGUUUCCACAAGUGAGUCACAAGCAUCUCAAGCAGAGCUCGAAAAGCGAGUUCGUGACUUGAGUAGUGCUUUGGAAGCGAACCAACGUCGCUUGGCGCGAGCUGAGUCCCGCUCUGGAGAGACGCCGGCCUCUCUUGUGCGACUCCAGCAUAAACUGACCUUACUGGAACAGUCACACUCUGUUGCAAUACGAGAGGAACAAAUUAAAGUGAAGCGCGCUGAGGAGUCGGCACGAAAAAUCUGCGCUCGACAAGAAGAGAGAGUCGCUCUCUUGGAGGGAAAACUUGCGGAACUCUCACACACAAUAGGAGAAUACGAUCUUCAACGGAGAAAAGACCAGCAGACCAUUCGACAGCUCCGGGACUCUGUAAAUGGGAGAUUGUUAGAGAGGAUGACUAGUAGAUUGGAAGAUGACUCUUCAAUAAGUGAAACAGACAAUGACAAACUAGCAGACACAGAGUACCUACAAACACUCAUAGACAAGAUACACAUUUUGAAAAAGGAACUUAUAGCUGAAAACGAUAAACAAGGGAAUCCCAUAGAUUUGACUACUGUUUUAAAUAUAGAGGCAUUUGAGCAUGUGCACUCAAAAUGUAAGAAGGAUUAUGAAUUAUUACGAAAAGAGUUUGAAAAUUAUAGAAUAAGUGUGAAGAGUAGUAUAAAUGGGGAUAGGGAGAGUGAAAUAGCAACACUGAAAAGUGAGAUAGCUGUAUUAAAUGAUAAGGUUGAGACAUAUAAGCUGAUGUUAGAGCAAGAACAACAGGAUAAGAUGGAUUCACUAAAGCUUCAAGAAGAGAAAUUAAAAAGUGAAAAAGACUACCACACGGAGAUAGUAACCGAUCUGCGUAACCGUAUACAAAAUCUCGAGAAGCACGUUCAGACCCAACGUGAGCGAUACUCCACUUUGCUAGAAGAGACAGACAACUUGAUCAGGUCGAGAGGAGAUAGAUCCCGGAAGGUCAGCUCGGAGGAAGGAUGGAAGGAUGGCCAUGUUUUAACACAGGAUAAAACCGCCUUACCACACAUGCUGCAUUACGCCCACGAAUUAGCCCGUAAGGAUCUAGAUAUUACCCAAUUACGACGUGAAAAGCAUCACCUCGAGGGACAGUAUAGGGAGUGUCAACGGGACGCGACCAUAGACAAGGAACGAUUUAAGGAGGUUAUAAGAACCUUAAAAGAGGAAAUUGACAGAUUACGCCGCAUACAAUCGCGAGAGGGCGCUAAUCUAGAAUAUCUCAAGAAUGUUGUGUUAGCCUACCUCAUGUCCACAGAUGACGCCGGUCGUAAACAUAUGUUAAACGCAAUUACUGCCGUAUUGCAUUUUACAGCUACUGAGAAGAAAAUGGUUCUUAAUACUAUGUAGAUGGCUGGUACGUGACAAUUGUAAAAUGUGGACUUAUAUAUUCAUAUGGAAACCAAAUUAAUUUGACGUUUUUUGGAAAUAAUUGUAAUUUUAUAGAGAAAAUUGUGGGUGCGAAUUUUAUUUCUGUCUGUUGUAAAUGGAAGAUUGAGCAUUAACUAAGUGUUCUUUAAAGUGUAUAUUAUAAUAUAAUGAGUUUUAUGUUAAUUCUAUUUCAAAACGAAUUUAUUUCUCCAUUUCAAUUUACUUUGUUGAGGAAGUCUUAUUUCGGAGACUAAUAUACAUUUUGGGUAAUAGUUGCAGCUGAAUAAUGAUUGAAACGCCUUAUGAUGUUUUUAAUUUUACCUAAGUUAGCUAACUUUUAUUAUAAUUAGAAUAUUAAAAAACACUCGAUAGUACGACGUUUAGAUUUUAAUCCUUAUCGAAUAUUCAAAAUAAAUGACACUUUCCGCCAACAUUUUUAAAAUUAAAAACACGAAUCUUAUGUAAUAACAUGAUUCUCGUUUUUAAUUAAAUUGCGAAUGUUUGGUGUGUAUAUAGAACUAUAAAGUUCGGUUUGGAAGCGCAAUGUUGGUGGCCUAGUGGCUUCAGUGUG